AUGCAUGACACUGUGUUUACUACAGCGGAUUCUGCCAUCCAAGAGGCAGGUAGAGGUGCUGAAAGUCAGUUGAACUAUUCCGAGUGUCGAUCCUCCUUGCCUAAGUCGAUGCUCCUACGAGCGAGAGGCGCACUUAAGAAAUCCACAAAUGCGCUAAUAUCUCGCUCAAGAUUAGUAUCAACUCAUGUAGACCCACAGACUGUAAAUUAUGACGUGGUCGUAAUUGGUGGGGGACAUGCUGGAUGCGAAGCUGCUGCAGGUUCAGCUCGUACGGGUGCACGGACUCUACUUUUGACUCAGCAGCUGAGUACCGUUGGUGCUCUAUCAUGUAACCCCUCGGUUGGAGGUGUUGGAAAGGGUACACUUGUGAGAGAAGUCGAUGCGCUUGACGGGCUGAUGGGUCGUGUUUCCGAUAAAGCAGGGAUUCAGUUUCAAGUUCUGAAUCGCUCAAAAGGCCCCGCCGUUUGGGGCCAACGUGCACAAAUUGACCGAAAGCUAUACGCAAAACAUAUGCAAGCUGAACUCUUUCAUUAUGGAAACCUUGAAGUUCGUGCUGGGAGUGUAUUCGACUUGUUGUUUGAUGGGACAUACACGGAUCCAACCCAAGGCCUACUAGUAAGAGGUAUACAGCUUGAGAGUGGAGAACAGAUUAACUGUUCACAAGUAGUCAUAUGUACUGGUACCUUCUUGUCUGGCGAGAUUCACAUAGGUCCACGGAGAUUACCUGCUGGAAGAUUGAAUGAAGCUCCAUCCAUUGGCCUCUCCGGGUCGUUACGGAAAGCAGGCUUCAAACUCGGACGAUUGCAGACUGGAACACCUGCCCGGCUGGCCGCUAAUUCCAUCAAUUUCGAUAAAAUGACAAGACUAUCCGGUGAUCCUAUACCCUUGCCAUUUAGUUAUAUGAAUAAAUCUGUCGACAAUGCAGAAAACCAGAUCUUCUGCUAUUUGACGCAAACGACUCCAGAAACACAUAAUAUUAUAAGAGACAACAUGCAUAAAAAUAUCCACAUACAAGAAACACGAAAAGGUCCUCGAUAUUGCCCAUCUCUUGAAGCAAAAGUUCGUCGAUUUCCGUCAAAAUCCGAGCACAAAGUCUGGUUGGAGCCAGAGGGCUACGAUUCAGAUGUCAUAUAUCCAAACGGCAUCUCCUGUAGUCUUCCAGAGGAAAUUCAAGAACCAAUGAUGAGGACCAUCCCAGGACUUGAGAAUGUGAAAAUGGUUCGCCCAGCAUACGGCGUUGAAUAUGAUCACAUUGACGCAAGGGAGCUCAGCCCCUCUCUCGAGACGAAACGAAUUCGUGGCUUGUUCCUGGCGGGCCAGAUAAAUGGAACUACUGGAUAUGAAGAAGCAGCUGCACAAGGCGUGAUAGCUGGUGUGAACGCAGGUUUAGCCUCUCAACGCCGACCUCCUUUGGUUCUGACCCGUGCGGAUGGCUUCAUCGGUGUCCUGAUUGACGACCUUAUCUUGAAAGGUGCAGAAGAGCCAUAUCGAAUGUUCACGUCACGUUCCGAGUACAGAAUGACGUUACGUAGCGACAACGCUGACCUGCGACUAACACCUAAGGGCCGAGAAGUUGGCAUCGUCUCAAAUGAGCGGUGGAACGAGCUGAAGAGUACCGAACGGAAACUUGAAAACGCCAUUGCCAUGCUAAAGUCGUGUGAAAUGACACCACAGGGAUGGAUUGCUAAUGGGCUCCACGUCACACAAGACGGUCUAUGGCGAAGUGCAUUUCAUAUGAUCAGAAUGCCUAAGGUAACAAUGGACAAGCUACUGGAGAUCUUUCCCCAGCUGAACACGCUUGACCGACGAAUACUAGAUCGCGCAGAGAUUGAAGCUCGCUACGAACCCCACUUGGCGAGACAAGAAGCAGAUCUCAAGGUCUUUCUGGAAGACGAAGAGCUCAAUCUAAGUCCAAGCUUAGACUACGACAACAUUGAAGGUCUCAGUUCGGAGGUACGCGAACGGCUUGGUCAAUUACGACCGACAAGUCUUGGCUCAGCGAAGAGGAUGGAAGGAAUGACGCCCGCGAGUUUAGUCGCUUUACUCGAAUACGCUAAACGGACUAGCAAUGUCUCCAGAUUAGCAGAGAUCUAAAAUGUUUGAUUGAUUCAUUUGAGACACGCAAUGAACAUCGGUCAGACGAUGAUAGAUUGAACACAAAUCACGAUUUCACAUCAUAAUUUUUACUUGUAC